GAGGCUGCGUCUGUAAGAUGGCGUCCUUCGUAGGUUGACUGUCGUAACGCUGUGUGGAAGCAAAUUACUGUGGAACACAUAUUAACAUCGAAGCAUUUUAGAUUACUUUGCUGUCUCUCAGUUGGCACUAACAUGGCAAAAACAAAAACAUCCUGUACUGAGAAGGUACAAAUAAAGUGGAAAAUCAAAUCAACGUGUAAAGAAUCUGCAAAAUUUAAGAGCUGUGUGCAAAAGACAUUGAAAUGCAAAUUUUGUGAAAAGCAUUUCACAUCUAAGGGAAAGUUACAAGUACAUUUAAGAACCCACACUGGAGAGAAACCAUACCAGUGCAAAAUUUGUGACAAGUGUUUUACUCGAAAAGGAAGUAUGCGAAGACAUGAAAGAUCACACACUGGAGAGAAGCCAUACCAGUGUAAGACUUGUGACAAGAGUUUUACAAGAAAAGGAAGCCUGCAAAUACAUGAAAGAUCCCACACCGGGGAGAAGCCAUACCAGUGUAAGACUUGUGACAAGAGUUUUACAAGAAAAGGAAGUCUACAAAUACAUGAAAGUUCCCACACUGGAGAGAUGCCAUACCAGUGCAAAACUUGUGACAAAUGGUUUUCUCAAAAAGGUAAUCUUCGAAGACACGAAAGAUCCCACACUGGUGAGAAGCCAUACCAAUGUAAAACAUGUGACAAGUGGUUUACACAAAAAGAAACUCUCAAAGCACAUAUGAGAUCUCAUACUGGAGAGAAGCCAUACCAGUGUAAGAUAUGUGAAAAGUUUUUUACUACUAGAAGAAGUUUGCGAAUGCAUGAAAGAUCACACACUGGAGAGAGGCCAUUUAAAUGCAAAGUUUGUAAUAAGGGUUUUACUUAUAUUGCAAAUGCAAGAGUUCAUGAAAGAUCCCACACAGGAGAGAAGCCAUACCAGUGCAAAACAUGUGACAAGUGGUUUACUCAAAAAGGUAAUCUACAGAUACAUGAACGAUCCCACACUGGAGAGAAGCCAUACCAGUGCAAAACAUGUGACAAGCGGUUUGCUCAAAAAGGUAAUUUACAAAUACAUGAAAGAUCACACACUGGAAAGAAGUUAUUCCAGUGCAAAAGUUGUAACAAGUGUUUUACCACAAAAAGAGGUAUGCAAAUACAUGAAAGAUCACACACUGGAGAAAAGCCAUACCAGUGCAAAAUGUGUGAGAAAUGUUUCACUUCAAAAAGAAGUCUGUAUAUACAUGAAAGAUCCCACACUGGAGAAAAGCCAUACCAUUGCAAAACAUGUGACAAGUGGUUUACCCAAAAUGGUCAUCUACAAAGACACGAAAGAUCACACACAGGAGAGAAGCCAUACCAGUGUAAGACUUGUGACAAGAGUUUUACAAGAAAAGGAAGUCUACAAAUACAUGAAAGUACCCACACUGGAGAGAUGCCAUACCAGUGCAAAACUUGUGACAAAUGGUUUUCUCAAAAAGGUAAUCUUCGAAGACAUGAAAGAUCCCACACUGGUGAGAAGCCAUACCAGUGCAAAAUGUGCGAGAAGUGGUUUUCUCUAGAAAGAACACUACAAAAGCACGAAAGAUUACACUUUGAACAGCAACCAUUAUCUUCAGAUUACGAUGAAACAUUUACUUGCUGGAUUUGCCAGGAGGAACUGAGCAGUGCUUCCCAGCUUCUUAGCCACUAUGAGGAACACAUGAAGUUGCUUCGUAAAGACAACCCUAGUCGGUUACCCCGCCCAGAAAAUAGCUCCAUGGAUCCUGACUACCAGGAAGCAUCAAGUGAUACUGCAUACCAUGACAGCACCAAGGAGAUGAACUUUCUGCAAGACUGUCUUAAUAAAGGAACUGUGGGCGAAAAUGGGGAAAGUAUCAUGAAGAGGACGAAACGAUCCCUUAAAGUCUGUGAAGAUGAAGAUGCGCUGCAACAGUUGAAGAAAAAUGUCAAUUCCUCUUGUAGUUUUUUCACUUUGAUGGUGCAGCACAAGUAUACGACAAAAAUGCUUCUCUGGUUUACUAAGGAAAAACAUCACUCCAUUGAAGACCUGGUUAAAUCUGCCAUUAAACUGUCUGUUUCUGACGUAUUGGAUACAGACAGGGCAUCUUUGAUACCCGGAGAGGCAGUAGAAGCUAACUUAGCAGAUUUGAAGAGGUUUAUUACAGAUGGUGCCUGGAAAGCAGUUUGCAAAUUAGGUUAUAGCCGAAAAACUGUCCGAAGACUGAUUGUGCCAUCACUGCGAACAGUCACGGUACCUCGACAUGAUUCAGUGCGAGAGUUGCUGCCACUGCACUUUAGAUUACUUUGCUGUCUCUCAGUUGGUGCUAACGUGGCAAAAACAAAAAAAUCCUGUACUGAGAAGGUACAAAUAGAGUGGAAAAUCAAAUCAAUGUGUAAAGAAUCUGCAAAAUUUGAAAGCUGUAUGGAAAAGGCAUUGAAAUGCAAAUCUUGUGAAAAGCGUUUUACAUCUAAGGGAAAUUUAAACGUACAUAGAAGAACCCACACUGGAGAGAAACCAUACCAUUGCAAAACCUGUGAUAAGUGGUUUACUCAAAAAGGUAAUUUACAAAAACAUGAAAGAUCCCACACUGGAGUGAAGCCAUACCAGUGCAAAACUUGUGACAAGUGGUUUAAUCGAAAAUAUAAUUUACAAAUACAUGAAAGAUCACACACUAGAGAGAAGGCAUUCCAGUGUAAAACAUGUGACAAGUGGUUCCUCCAGAAAAUAAAUCUACAAGUACAUGAAAGAUUACAUACUGGAGAGAAGCCAAACCAGUGCAAAUAUUGUGAUAUGUGUUUUACACAUAAGGGAAGUCUUCGAGUCCAUGAAAGAAACCACACUGGAGAGAAGCCAUACCAGUGCAAAACAUGUGAUAUGUGUUUUUCUUCAAAUGGAAGUCUACGAAUACAUGAAAGAUCCCACACUGGAGAGAAGCCAUACCAGUGCAAAACAUGUGACAAGUGUUUUACUCAGAAAGGUAAUCUACAAAGACAUGAAAGAUCUCACACUGGAGAGAAGCCAUACCAGUGCAAAACUUGUGCCAAGUGUUUUACUAGAAAAAGAGGUCUGCAAAUACAUGAAAGAUCCCACACUGAAGAGAAGCCAUACCAGUGCAAAACUUGUGCCAAGUGUUUUACUAGAAAAAGAGGUCUACAAAGACAUGAAAGAUCUCACACUGGAGAGAAGCCAUACCAGUGCAAAACUUGUGACAAGUGGUUCACUCAAAAAAGUAGUCUACAAAGACAUGAAAGAUCUCACACUGGAGAGAAGCCAUACCAGUGCAAAGCUUGUGACAAGUGUUUUACUACGAAAAGAAGUCUGCAAAUACACAAAAGAUUACACACUGGAGAGAAGCCAUACAAGUGCAAAACUUGUGACAAGUGUUUUACUCAAAAAGGUAGUCUACAAAGACAUGAAAAAUCCCACCCUAGAGAGAAACCAUACCAGUGCAAAAUGUGUGAGAAGUGGUUUUGUCGAAAAAGAACACUACAAAAACACGAAAGAUUGCACUUUGCACAGCAGCCAUAUUCUUCAAAUUACGAUGAAACAUUUACUUGCUGGAUUUGCCAGGAGGAACUGAGCAGUGCUUCCCAGCUCCUUAGCCACUAUGAGGAACACAUGAAGUUGCCUUGAUUUUCUUGUUGAUCAGCGUAUCUGAUCAAUUUUUGGCUGAUUGGAACAUACAUUUAUGUAGCUUUAAGUUGAUCGUCAACACUGCUGUUUUAAGGAGACUGAAGUGAGAAAAAAAACUUUGGCUCCCAUCCGUUACACUUCUGAUUAGGGAACACUUUUUGCAGUUCUUGGUGUCUCUUGGCGAAAGCUUACCCUGUAGUUUUAGGUCAAAGUGAAGCAAACACACUAAAAGCAAAAAUAAAUUAGGGGGAAAUUUUUUUCACCUUCACACGGACCCCUUUGCGAUUGAAAAAAAUUACCCAAAAACAACAAUAAGGAAAGUUUUUUUAUCAUAAUAUUAUCAAGGCAAAGGUGAUCAAAUAGGAUAUACGAGGUUGCGAUGUGAAUUUAUUUCGUUUCAGCUACAUUUGCACACGAUCAUUACUGCUAUUUUGAAGCUACUUUGAGCGGCCAAUUGUUUCACGGGUUUAACAUCCAAGUUUUAAAUAAGCCGUUGAAUUUUUUACCUGGUCAAUAAACGUUUCA